UCCACAAGCAUUAUAUUAAUUAGCAACAAAAGAAGAAAACGAAACUAAAAAGAAAAAAAGAUCUGAACAAUGGCGACGAUAUCACCACAUUCAGCGACGGCUCUUCUACUGGCACUCGUACUCGCCGUCGGGACAGCAGAGUCGUCAAAGCCGGCCGCCACUCCCGAUGAUGUCUACCCGAUGCCGACGGUGAUGUCCGAACACAACUGGCUGCCGGUGAAGGGCUUCCUGCUGAAAGAGAAGCACGUCCUUGACGCCGCGCGCUUCGCGGUGACGACGUACAACAACGAACACCCCGGGGAGCUUCCCUUGAAGCUGGUGAGGGUGGACGGCGGCGAGGUUUUGGCCGCCGGAUCCGGCGUCGUGUACCAUAUUUACCUGACCGCCUCCAGCCACGCGCACAGUGAGGAAAAGUACCAGACGUUUGUGUUUGUGCCUCUGGCGGGAGAGAUGCCGCGGCAGCUGUUGUUUGUGCCCGUGGAUGUUGUUUAUUACUGACGACAACGUAGCUCAGGUAGCUAUAUAGUUAGUGUUUGUGGGUUUUUUUUUUUUUUUUUUUGUGGUUGGUUCCAAUUUCCAAAUAAUUCAGCGUAGUAGUUUUAUUCGAGAUUUUUCAGUAACUAAUUUGGCGGUGCUCGAUAAAAUAACCAUUUUCAGUGACUAAUCCUUAGUGGUUGCUAAAGAAAAGCUAUUUGCGACGAUGGACAUUCGACUCGACUUGGCUCGUUUAUAAAUUUUUUAGCUCGAGCUCGGCUCGAACUCGAAUUUUAAUCAUCCAGUUCGAGCUCGAGCUCGACUCAAUUAAAAAGAAUCCAGCUCGAACUCAGCUCGAUAGAGCUCGGUAAAUGCUCAAGAACACAGCUUGUCAAGCUGAGUACAAGCUCGGUUCAAGAUAAGCUCGAUUUGAAACAAUUCUUGCUGAAAAAUGUGAACAAAUAAGAACAUUAGAAAUUAAAAAUGAUAAAAAUAACACUAGAAACUAAAAAUAACAUCGAACUUCCAUACACAUCCUUAUUAACAAGAUAAUUUUCAUGUUCAGAAGAGUAAUUAAUUCUUCCACAAGCCAGCUCGCGAGCUUAAACUCAACAAGCCACCGAGUCAAGCUAGCUCACGAGCUUAUCAACCCGAGCAUGGCCUAGCUCAAGCUUGGCUCGUUUACUAACGAGUCGGCUCGCGAGCCGGCUUGUUAAACAACGAAUCAAGUGUCGAACGAGUUUUUUCCGAUUCGAGCGUCGAGUUGCUCACGAGCGGUUUGGCUCAUUUGCAGCCCUAGAUGAGGGUAAUUUUUUUUUCUUUGGGCCUUCCGUUUUUUGUUUGGUUGGCGUUUACCCACCCAAACAAGGCCGGGCUCCGGCUUGGGCCUUAACUGCCUUCCACCGCUGGGCCCGAUUAAUUAAAACCUCGUGCAUGCAUGGCCCACGCAGUCACGUAGCAACACCUAUAUAUCCCUCAAUUCUUGUGAAAUUAAUAAACGAAUUAAAACCUG